CGGGAGAUACAAGUGAGUUGAGUGGUCCAUGUCUUUCAGGAACCGUCGAAACAGUCGUAUAACAUUCGUGCUGCUUGUAGGCUGAGUUGAGACAUUUUACACAGCCCCAUCAAAGCUCAGCUGCAUAGAAUGAAUCCUGAAACCAGGAGCUCAGCGACCUUCAUCUGCUGCAACAUUCCGCAGUUGAGAACUCAAUAACUCAGUGCUCAUUUAUUGUCUUUACUGACAGCUACCUGGAAACCUUACGCCUCUUCGCAUCCUUCGAAGAUAGCAUCAUGAGCCGUUUUAGGGACACCGACGACGACGAAGAGCGUCUCCCUGAGCACUUCAAACGCAUCGGAUACGAUGCCGACACGCAGAUCUACACCUUCGAAGACACCUCUACUGGCCGUAUCUAUGAGUCGGCGCCCGGCAACCGCUAUGGCAUUCUCACACCGGCUGGUGAACCUCGCGAUCCUGCCGAGAUCGAAGCCCACAAUGCGCAGAUUCGGAAAGGAAACAGAGAGGCAGUCCGGACGAUGCUACCGUUUGCUCUUCUCGCUGUAGUCUUCCUACUGCUCUUAUUCAGGUUCAUAUACGGUGGAAGUUCGGGCAGCGAAGCUGAGGUUGAAUGCGGUCUUGGGGGAAAAGCUAUACACGUCCAAGCAGGAGACACUUGCUGGGAAAUCGCGAAAGCGUAUGGUCUCGAGGUGGCUGGCCUGCUGGCCCUUCAAGGUAAUGGGGGAGUGGACUGUGACAAGCUGCAGGUUGGACAGAGCAUUUGCGUCCCAGCUUAAGUUCAUUUACUGGAUAUUCAAGUCCUUCAUAAGUCUUCCAGGGAAAGGCUCGUUGGCCCGAAUGAGUUCUGGGUAUCUAUUGAAGCAAUGCUUACAAAGUUUACGGUUGAGACCAGGACAUGUAUCCCGGUAUUCCCACAGAACGAGUGUCAACCCUGGGGGCAAACGCGUAAAGCUAUGAAUUCCCACCCUUACAGAGCUAAGUUAGAACAUAAUUCUGAACUCAAAUGUC